UCGCUAUUACAGAUGCAGUCCAUUUGAGCCGACUCCAAAUCCGGCCGAAGAGUUCCUUCGCGAUCAUCACACGAUUAACUCGUUGGAAACAUUAACUGUCAGGACCUGCCAAAAUACCAACCAUGUCCGCUGCUCUUUACCUCUGCCUUCUGUCUUGGUACCUCCACAACAGCGCUGCUGAAGCAGAGCUGGCCCCACCAUGGGACGUGACCAUGAGCACCAUGAACACCCAUUACAUACUGAGCUGGGACUGGGAUCAGAGUGCUGCAGGCUCUCACAAUGUCACCUUCACCACACAAUAUGUUGCGAAGUACAAGCUGAAGUCCAAGAAGAAGAGUCUGAACUGGUCUACGUCAUGUGAGGAGACGUCAGAGAGGUCAUGUGAUCUUACAGCAUGCAACCUGCACUACCUCGGCAUUUACAUGCUUCGUGUACGAGCCAACGUGAACGGGCGUCACUCCACCUGGGUGCAGAAGGAAUUCUGUCCUGAUAAAGAUGCUGCUGUGGGAGCUCCAACCAAAGUUAACCUUGUUCCUGCUGGAAGUGACCUGGACGUUUUCAUCUCUGACCCUCUGACUAGCACCAACAGCUCAAUGAAGGAGCAUCUUCCCAAGCUGUACUACCAUAUUCUUUACUGGGAACGCUCUGUAGACAGACAGACCUCAACAACCCAGCAGGUAAGCAGCAGUGCCAAUGUGGUGACUUUGCCAAACCUGAAGCCCUGGACUUGGUACUGUGUGAGCGUGCAGACACGCUAUGACUUCUACAACAAGAGCAGCAGCUUCACCUCACCGCAUUGCGUGCAGACUGAAGGUGCUACUCCAUGGUGGCAGAUCUUUGUGUACUUCCUGGGCUCUCUUGUUAUCUGCUUUCUCGUCAUGCUGCUCUCACUCUAUGGCUCUUUUUGGUGCUGCAAGACCUUCAAGACAACAUUGUACCCUCCCAACCAGCUGCCCACACACUUUAAAGAGUACCUGUGUGACUCUCCGGCUUCUGACGUUCCACGCCUCCUCACACCAGAGUCGGAAUCAGAACUGCUGUGCGAUAACGUGACUGUCUGCCCAGAGCCAGCUGUCCUGGAAAUCCAUAACCCUCCACCUGAAGACUUUCCGAUACCAUCAGGCUUGGAGCCAGAGAGCAGUGGAAGACACAGUCGCCAGGGCAGCAGCAGCAGCAGUGGAGACUCUGGAGUUUACUCCACAGGAGGCAGCUCCAACUUGCGGCAGUCCAACAUCACCAAGUCCUUUGCAGAUGCUCAAGACUGCUGGAAGGGUAUAUUUGACUCAGAGCUAGUGAAGAUGCAGGAGAUGGCUCCAGAUGUUAAGAGUCAACCUCUGAUCACAGAUGAGAGCACUGUAGACAUUUCUGUCUGAAGCCAUGCACGGGAAAAGACAUUUAUUGAGAAGAGCAUGAUGCUAAGAGGAUGUCACAGAAGGUGCAGAUGUGGGGAGUGUGCAGUGUUCCCUUUUUGCACCUUUCACUGUGAAACAAGUAGAGGUAUGUGUGGUGUCUGUUAUAUAUAAUAUAUGGAAGAAAGACACAAGCUGAUGAGUGACAAACUCACAAGAAAAAAAAUGUUGUUGCAUCGGUGUUGCCAGCCUCCAUGUAGUGCUGAAGACAUGCCACCAUACUGCUGACUUGAGCUUUCUAAAAAUUAUAUGAAAAAUUCAGGUCCUUAUUUGGAGAACAUCAUAUUUACACCAACCAGGAGGUGCUGUUGAUGCUGUUUUAAAUAUAUUCUACAUUCCCUUCUCCUUGUCUCCAACCGCCACUGUCUUAACCCUGCAUUCAUGUUGUGAGUGGUCAAUGUGGGGCUUGAAUUUGACUGAGCUUAACAAAGAGGGAUGUAUCUCGAUAGCAAUCUGCAUUAGUCCUGGUUUCAAUCUUUGGCCGCCACAUUGCUUUCACACUCAAAUGAGAACAUUUUUGUGAUGUUAAAUUUUGGUAAUUUUGGCUGUGUUAAUGCAUGUGGCAUAACAUUUGGUAAAUGUGUAUACUUUGGGGGAAAUUUAAUUCUAAACUCAGCUCCCAUAAUGUAUACAUGUAUUAUAGUGUGUAAUAUUUACACUCCAGACCUUAAAGACCAAAAUGUCCCCAUGGAAACCCAUUAAAACUGCUAUUUUUGAUGUCCCUACCAUUACAUCAUGAAAAAUGAAAGUAAAUUGUGAAAUUUUUAAAAAUAUUUCGCCUAUGAAAUAAAUUGAGUUUUGGGGUGUUGGUAGGGAUGUCACAGUGUGCUAAAAAUGUAUAUGUAUGUGCAUAUAUAUAUAUAUAUAUAUAUAUAUAUAUAUAUAUAUAUAUAUACAUACAUACAUACAUACAUACAUACAUACAUACAUACAUACAUACAUACAUACAUACAUACAUAUAUAUAUACAUACAUACAUACGGUCAUGGAAAAAAUGAUUAGCCCACCCGUGUUUUCUUCAAUGUCUUGUUCAUAUUAAUGCCUGGUAUAACUAAAGGUACAUUUGUUUGGACAAAUACAAUGAUAACAACAAAAAUAGCUCAAAAGAGUUUGAUUUAAGAGCUGAUAUCUAGCCAUUUUCCAUGGUUUUCUUGAUAAUAACCAAAAUCACUUAAGUUCUUACAUCAAUAGCUAUGGCAUUGUACUGCUAAAAAACAGUGCUUUUAGGCAUUCCAUGUUGUCUUUUCUGCCUGUUUUAGUCAUAUGAUGCACACAGGAGUUAGUACUGGAUUGCAUAAUCAUUGUUUUUGAUGACUGCAGCCAUGCGUCUUGGCAUGCUCUCGUUCACAUUCUGACAUUGUUCUGCUGUCACAGCAGCCCAUUCCUGUUGCACAAAGUCAAACAAAUUUGCUUUGUUUUGGGGCUUGUGGUUCUCUAUUUUGCGUUUGAUGAUUUUCCACAGGUUUUCAAUUGGAUUUAGAUCUGGUGAUUGAGCAUUCCAAGGCACGGUUCGAAUGUUCUGGUUCUCCAUCCAGGCUUUAACUGACCUGGUUUUGUAGGCUUCUCCAGGCUUCCUCCUAACUGCUAAGUUGGCUGGAGUGGGCAUCAACUGAAAAUUGGAUUCAUCACUGAAGAGAACCUUAACCCAAUUAUCAACAGUCCAAACCUUGUGUAUCCAGCAAAGAGUAACCAGGCUUUCCUCUGAUUUCAUUGAUGAAGGGCUUCUUCUGUGCCCUGUGUGACUUAAGACCAGCUUCACAAAGUCGGUUUCGGACUGUCUUUGCCGAAUAAGUCAUAUUUCUCAACAGUGUCCGCUCAUUUUUAUGGUCCCUGGACGUCUGACAACAAUUCCUGACACAGGAACAGAUGAGUGCACGGUCAUUUCAUGGGAUAGAAAGAUGUUUCUUGCCACGACCAGCUAGCAAUUUGGUAGUACCAUGUUCGGCUUGUUUUUCCUUGGCGUAAUGAACGGCUGUCUUGGACAUGUUCAGUUUUUUCGCUACCUGUCUUUCACUCGUGCCAAUUUCCAGCAGUGCCAAGAUGGCUGCCUUUGUGGCUUUACAUAAUUGUUUUGUUUUUGGCAUUAUGUGAGAGCUGACAACUUCUGAGUUGUGCUACAACUUGAAUGUAAGCAGGAAACCACUUUAGGCCUUUCCAUGUGCAGUGCUGCUUAUUAUGUAAUGAGAUGCAUUUUUUGUCAUGUUCAUUGUAUUCUUCAGGUAAUGUACCUUUAGUGGUACCAGGCAUGAAAAUGAACAAGAAAUUGAAGAAAACAAGGGUGCUCUAAUGAAGCAAGAUAUAUGGAAUUAUGUAGAAAACAAUUGUGAAAUAAUUUUUUAAAAAUUUUAUAUUUUAGAUUCCUCAAAAUAGCCACCCUUUGCUUUGAUUACUGCUUUCCAAACCCUUGGCAUUCUCUUGAUGAACUUCAUGAGGUAGUCACAUGGCAUAGUUUUCACUUCACAAGUGUGCCUUGUCAAGGUUAAUUUGUUGAAUUUCUUGCCUUAAUGGAGUUGGAACCAUCAGUUGUGUUGUGCAGAAGUCAGGCUGGUACACAGUUGACAGCCCUAUUUGACAACUGUUAGAAUCCAUAUUGUGGCAAGAACUAAUCAGCUAAGAGAAAUAACAGUCCAUCAUUAUUUUAAGAACUGAAGGUCAGUCAGUCUGGAAAAUUUCAAAAACUUUGAAUGUAUCCAUCAAGCACUACGACGAAACUGGCUCUCAUGAGAACCGUCCCAGGAAAGGAAGAGUCACCUUUGCUGCUGAAGAUAAGUUCAUUAGAGUCACGAACAACAAUAAUAAUAAUAAUAAUGCCUUUAAUUUGUAAUGCACUUUACAUACAGAAUCUCAAAGUGCUACAAUAGGAAAAGUACAAAAUACAUUUAUAAAACAUUUCAGCCAGUCUCAGAAUCGCAAGUUAACAGCACCGCAGAUUCGAGCCCAGAUAAAUGCCACACAGCGUUCCAGUAGCAGACACAUAUCUACAUCAACUCUUCAGAGGAGACUACGCCAAUCAGGCAUUUAUGGUCAAAUAGCUGCUAAGAAACCAGUACUAAGGAAAGCAACAAGCAGGAGAGAUUUGUUUGGACCAGGAAACACAAGGAAUGAACAUUAGACCAGUGGAAAUCUGUGCUUUGAUGAGUCUAAAUUUGAGAUCUUUGGUUCUACCCACCGUGUCUUUGUGUGAAGCAGAAAAGUUGAACAGAUGGUCUCUGCAUGCAUGGUUCCCACUGUUAAGCAGUUGGACCAUCAUUUGUUUUUCAACAGAACAAUGACCCCAAACACGCCUCCAGGCUGUGUAAGGGCUACUUGACCAAGAAGGAGAGUGAUAGAGUGCUGUGUCAGGUGACCUGGUCUCCACAGUCAUCUGACCUAGACCCAGUUGAGAUGGUUUGGAAUGAGAUGGACCGCAGAGUGAAGGUAAAAUGGCCAACAAGUGUUCAGCAUUUCUAGGAACUCCUUCAGGACUGUUGGAAAACCAUUUCAGGUGACUAUCUCAUGAAGCUCAUCGAUAGAAUGCCCAGAGCAGUAAUCAAAGUAAAGGAUGGCUAUUUUGAAGAAUCUAAAAUAUAAAACAUGUUUUGACUUAUUUCACACUUUUUGUUCACUAUAUAAUUCCAUAUGUGUUCAUUCAUAGUUUUGAUGCCUUCAGUGAGAAUCUACAAUGUAAAUAGUCAUGAAAAAAAAAGAAAAACCAUUAAAUGAGAAGGUGUGUCCAAACUUUUGACUUGUAGUGUACCUGCACAUUAUGCAAUAAAUAGUUGAAAAUCCAA